AGGAGUUUAGUCGGUGCCGGUCCCGAAACGCGUUCACGUCUGGACAUCCUGCGGGACGAGAAAUAUUAAGGAUGGCAAGGGAUAUGUACAUUUGAUAGGGCGGUCCAUUAGUGAGGGGGGAAAAGGAGGAAAACAAAUUUUUCAAGCUACGACGGGGCCUUUAUAGUGAACGCGUAAAGAAAGAGAAGAAGUUAGAUUAUUACGGGAUAAUGAAUCUCUUCGGGGAACAGAGAGAGAGAAGAAGAAGGGUGCGCAAAACGUACGUUUAGAUUAGGCUAAAUAACACGUCGAUUUGUCGUGGCGUCGCGUACCAAAUCGUAAUAUCAACGCCGUCAUCGCCGUCGUCGUUGUCGUUAUCGUCAUCGUUGUCGUUGUCAUUCUCAUUAUAUUAUAUUAUAUUAUAUUAUUUUGUCAAACAUAAUAUCGUGUCUCCUCGAGAUGACGCGACCAUAUCAAACGUCCAAAUAAUCUUCUUCUAUAUCUACAGCCAUUUUCUCUCACUUUCUCUUUCUCUCUUAUUUUCUCUCUCUCUCUCUCUCUCUCUCUCUCUCUAUCUCUAUCUCUAUUUCUAUCUCUACCUCUUUCGUCGCGUUACCGAUCGUUCCUGUCGAAAAGGGAAGAAUGUUAAACAUUCUCGAUGACACCUACGCGACGAAUGCUAGUACAGGAUAAAGGAGAGAGCAAAGGAACGUGGGUCGUCUCAUCUUAAAGAAGGUCAGAAGGAGAAGAAAAUAUGGGAAAAGGCGAUAAAAGGGGAAUAGCACAGCGUAGCGACGCGGGCACCAAUCUCGUUGGGAAGUUUACACAAAGCGUACGUAGAAUCGUUCAAGAUGUCAAGGAUGAAGGAACGUCGAGUGGUCAAACGAAGGAAGAGGUCAUAGAGACAAAUGAACGACUGAGAGUAGUAAGGAUACGUCUCGAAGGAAGUUAUGACACCGCUAAACGUGCUCUAGUAGACCUGAUGUGCAAGUAUACGAACAGUAAACAAGUCCGUAACGUGUUCCAACGUUACAACCUCCUGAAAGUUAUGAUCAAGGAUGUGAUCAAACUGGAGACGCAGUACUGGACCCUGGUAGAUAUACCAAGGCAAGAGAAACAAGAAACCGUUCCUGCUUUCGUCCUGCGUGCCUGUUCCAUCAUGGAAAAGACACACAAGAGCGGUGAGGGCGUUAAAACCUCGGCACGAUUGGCGGAGGAAGCUGAAACGAAGAGGGAACGAAUCGAGAGACUCGAGGGUAUGACAACGGCAAUGAUCGAAUCGGAGAAUACCCAGAUGACCAAUGAUCUGUACAGGCUGCUGAAAAAGUAUACGGGACUUAGGAAUCUUAUUCGUGUUUUAAAGGAGGAGUACAACAAUUCCAAGAUAUAUCCUAUGUUUCCACGUUACACGAUCCUGAAGGAUAUGAUAAAGGAUAUAAUGCACAAUCCAGAUUACAUGGAGGUUUGUCACGAGUUGGAUCAAGCAUAGCGGCCGGACCCCCUCCACCGUUCGCCACGGAUGACCUUAUAAAUUGAAGGUCAUUUUGAGGCGCAUCGGUGAAGGGGGUGCACAGACCAUGGUAUCACCUUAUUCCUAAUUAAAUCGAGAUAAUUUAUUAUAAUCCUCGGCUUUCUUUCGAGAUGCUCUUUAUAGAUCUAUCGCAUUUCUUUUUAUUUAUUUAUUUAUUUUAUCUUUUUUUCCCCAUAGCGAUAGCUCAUCUCCUUUUUAAUUAUAAAUAUAUGGUAUCAAGGAUAAUUAGAAAUAGUAGAUACAUUUUGAUUUUAUUUUUCUUAAAUGCAUCAGGACGAUCGAAUAAUCAUGAUGCGAGCUUUUUUAAAUCAUUUUUCUAAUCGAAUGAAAAUAUUCAGAAAUAUCGAGUUUUUAGUAUAGUAGUGUAAAAAAAAAAAAAAAAAGAAAUCGGACGAACAAGAACGACGAUCGUCAAUGCGUUGAAAGACAUUCUUCUUUUUUUUUCUUUUAUUAUUUAUUUAUUUAUUUUUUUUUAUUCUUUAGUAUA